AUGAAUUCAAGAUUACCAGCACAACCUUCGUUGGUUACACAAAAUUCGUUAUCUCAAAUUUUGUCACCUACUAAGCCAACAAGAAGUUCGUCAAAUCUAUCAGGUUUGGGACCAGAAGAGAAAUUGGAAAAAUUAAAAGAUAUUAGCAGUAAAACUAUAGAUACAAUCAUAUUUAAAAUUGCAGAAAUGAAGAGAGAAAAACAAGUUUUACAAACAUUUAAAGAUAUUAUGAAGAUUUCAGAAACUCUUAUUGAGAUUGAAAAGAUUUUAGAGGAUGUUGGAAACGAAUCACCAUUAUCAUCUUCAUUAAAUAAUAGUUCAGAAAAUCAAAUAGCUCCAACAGGUUCAUCUCCACCAAAAGCCUCAUCAUCAUCGUCAUCAUCAACAGUUUCUGUAUCAACCAAUGGUGGUGUAACUAUUAACUUAUCAACAUUACAGGGAGGAAAAGAAUUAACAAACAGAGAUCCAAAUUCUACAUCAUCAUUAGAGGCAGAGUUGAUCCAAAUUAUUCAUUCAAAAUCUUCAUCAUUAAAAAAGAAAAACGAAAGAUCAGUAAAAAGUAUUGAAUCUAUGCAUCAAAUUAUUCACAAGUGUCUUGAUAAUAUUAAAGCAAAAAUAAUAAGUGUAAAGAAGAAAUUGAUUUUUGAACAGUCUGUAGCAGUUGUUUUACAAUAUGGUGAAAUGAUAAGAAAUAUUAGAAAUCAAGUAAAUACAUUCAGAACUAUUUCAUUACCAGACAAUGUAAUUUUAUGCGAUGGUGAAAAAUUAUUAUUAAAAGUGGAUUCAUGUAAUUAUCAUUUAUAUGAUAACUCUAUCCAAUCAACAUCAGAAAAACAAUCGGAAAAAUCAACAUCAGAAAAGCAAUCAGAAAAACAGUCAUCCAAUUCAUCUAAUCAAAACAAUAAUAGUAACAAUCAUCAAUCUUGUGAAAUCGAGGAUGAAAUUAUAGCCGGUUCAUUAUUUUUAACAAAUUAUCAAAUUAUUUUUUAUGGAUCAACAAUAAAAUCUGAACCUUAUGUUAAACAUUUUUCUUUACAUUCAAUUUCAAAAUUAAUUAAAAAUGGUAAAAAAAAGACAUUGGGUGAAUUUUCAUAUAGGUUAAAUUUUAUUUGCAAAGAUUAUAGAAUUCAUACAAUUUCAUUUGAUAAACAAAGCUCAAGUUUGAAGGAUGUAAGAAGGUGUAUUGAAACAUUCCAAAGUCAACCAAAUACAUUGUUUUGUUAUUUAAUGAGACAGGAGUACACUAAAUUAGAGACUGUGGGUUUAGGAUGGACUAUAUACUCUGCUAGGGAUGAGUAUGCACGUAUGGGAGUACCAUCACCAGAUUGGAGGGUAUCAGAUGCAAAUUACAAUUAUUUCUUGUGCGACAGUUAUCCAGGUCUUUUAGGUGUACCAGAAUCUAUUACUGACGAACAGUUAAAGAGUGUUGCCCAAUUUAGAAGUAAAGGAAGAAUACCCAUUCUCUCAUACAGACAUUGGUCCAAUAAAACUUCAAUUACACGUUGUAGUCAACCAAUGGUUGGUAUUGGUGGUAAUAGAUCCAAUGAAGAUGAGAAUUUAUUAAAUGCAAUUCGUAUGACAUCCACUGCAACCAGCGCAACUGGUGGUUCUACUUCAACUUCAAACUCAAAAGAUAGAACAUUAUAUAUUUUAGAUGCAAGACCCUAUGCUAAUGCUGUUGGAAAUCGUGCAAAAGGUGCUGGUUGGGAAAUUUUAAAUAAUUAUCCUAAUUGUGUUUUAGAAUUUUUAAACAUUGCUAAUAUUCACUCAAUGAGACACUCUCUUUGGAAAAUUAAAGAUGCCGCAGCAAGUAGUAUCGAUAAAGAAGAUGGUUGGUUUGCAGCAUUAGAGUCGUCAGGUUGGUAUAAUCAUAUUAAACUGGUUCUUCAAGGUGCAACUAGAUUAGCAAAACUUAUUCAUCUUCAACAUAAUAAUGUUUUAGUACAUUGUUCCGAUGGUUGGGAUCGUACUAGUCAACUCGUUGCAAUAGCAGAGUUAUUAUUGGAUCCAUAUUUUAGAACUAUUAGAGGAUUUGAAAUUUUAAUCGAAAAAGAAUGGUUAUCGUUUGGACAUAAAUUUGCACAAAGAUGUGGCCAAGUUCAUGGAAAAGAUGAAAGUGAACAAUCACCCAUUUUCUACCAGUUUUUAGAGGCAGUAUAUCAAAUAAUUCAUCAAUUCCCAAGUAAAUUUGAAUUCAAUGCCAAUUUCCUCAAGACAAUCCUCCAUCACAGUUAUAGUGGCAAAUAUGGUAACUUUUUAUUCAACACUGAAAAAGAAAGGGUUCAAAAUCAUAUCUAUGGUAAAACCAUCAGUUUGUGGGCUGAAAUCGACUUAAAUAUAAAAGAGUAUUUAAAUCCAUUAUACCAACCAACAAGCAUCAAAGAACGUGAUUGUAUUUUCCCUGAUUGUUCCAUUAAAAGAUUCAAGGUUUGGAAGCAACUUUACUUUAAUAACUCAGAUUUGGAAAAGUUUGAUCCAGAAGAGAAAAUUCUUCAUCAAAUGCUUGAACAACAGAUUGAUGAUAGAGUGGAGGCAUUUAAGGAAUUAUAUCCAUUAAAGCCACGUAGAUCUCACACUGCUUCACUUUCUUUCCAAACUUCCCCCAUUAGAUCUUCAUCUCAAUUAACUCUACCAUCCUAUGUUGGUUCAAACUCUAUACCCACUAGAUCCAUCAUCGAUUUAGAUAAUAAUUUAUUAGAAGAGGAUCCUAAUUCAAAAGGUAAAAAAGAAAAAAAAACAUCAUCAAGAUUUUUUGGUAAAAAAAAAUAA